CUCGAGGCUAUUGAAAAAAUCACCCUCAAAAAGUCGAUACAUGCCACCAAUGCCGUAGAUUCACUGUCACCACCAUCACCUUCACACCAAAAAGUCGAUACCUUCAACCACCUGCGCGACCUACUUUGGGAUACAGAGAUACCUUGCCGCGACCCCUCCUCCGCCUCAAGAUCCAUCGCAUCCUCCCAUCCUCCCAUCCUUCUAGCCUGUGCGGGUCAGACACCUCGGCUCUCCGAUCUUGCAGGUGGCUCCAUCCUCCAUCGAAUCCCACCAUCCCACGCUCCCACUACUCGUAUGAUCCUGGUCCCUGGCUGGAUCUUUAAGUAACGAGACACCCCUCUCCAAUCCGUGCUCGGGCUUUUUGCAGCCUCGAGGCUCACCAGACAAUGCCUCAUUUUCCCUCCGCAGGUAUCCGGCCCUUCCGCAGUGAGCAAAAUUCAUCUCGAAACCACGAACUAUCUCCCGACUCGGAACGUGUACCGUUCUUGACGCAGGAACAGGCUUUCGUCGCCUGUGCGGACCUGGAAAAUGGAGCACUCAAUGACACAUCUGCCGCCAGACCCGACACCGAUAAAUCACCCUCAGUCACUGUUACUUCUCUUUCUGCAUCGGACGAUACCUUUGACCUUGUCAGCACUCAAUUUCCUUCCAGAUGGCGCUGGACAGAAAGAAUACCUUCAUUAAGUCGCUGUUUUGGUCGGAGUUAUUCGGUGGCACAUAAAGAGCACAUCGUUGAGAAAUCUGUCCUGAGCACCCCACUGCGGAGGGUCCUUCGCUUGCUGGCAUUUUCGCUCAUGUUGCUUGGUCUGGUCGAAUUCAUAGCCCUAGCAUGCGGUGUCCUCUUUUCCUUCCUCCCCAACGAGGCUGCCGAUGAGCUUGAUGGAUGGAAGCCAGCAAGCGACGUUUCACCCGAACUAAGCCAAUGGCCUACAGACUUCUCAGCUGACAUUCAUCCCGUUGCUUGUCAUUCUCACAAUGACUAUUGGCGCAAAGAACCUCUCUUCUCGGCACUGAAAGCUGGCUGCAGCGGAGUUGAAGCUGAUGUCUGGUUAUAUGGUGAAGAGUUAUAUGUGGGCCACACGAGUGCUUCCCUCUCUCCCCAACGAACUCUUCGCAGCCUCUACAUUGAUCCUUUGGUGAAGAUCUUGGAUCAGCAAAACCCGAUAACCUCGUUUCAUCCCUCUGUCGAAAGCCCUCGAAGCGGUGUUUUCGACACGAAACCCGCCCAGACGCUUGUCCUUUUGAUCGACUUCAAGAACGAUGGCGCAGCUAUCUGGCCAUACGUUGCUGACCAGCUAGGACCGCUCCGACAAAAAAAUUACCUUACAUAUUUCAACGGAACCGACACGAUCGAAGGGCCGAUCACUGUUGUAGUUACCGGAAAUGCGCCCUACAUGAAUGUGGUGGCCAGCUCACAGUAUCGAGACAUGUUUUUCGACGCACCAUUGAAUGUCCUCGAGAAACUGGACCCCAAGACGCCUGCCAUCCCUCACCCUCGCGUCACCGCCGAUGAAUUUCAUGGUCUGGAUAAGCGCGGAGUCACCAACCAAGGCCAAGGCCGCUCAGGCGCCGCUCCAUCAGAUGCAGCCAUCUACUCUCCUUCCAACUCGUAUUACGCCUCGGUGAAUUUCAAGAGCAGUAUUGGUUGGCCAUGGCGGGGCAAACUUUCUUCCACUCAAAUCGAGAAGAUCCGCAAACAGAUCGAUGGGGCGCAUAGGCGCGGCCUGAAAGUCAGAUACUGGGGCGUACCCAGCUGGCCGAGGGGCAUGAGAAACUACCUUUGGCGUGUUCUCUAUCAAGAAGGUGUGGACUAUCUGAACGUGGAUGAUCUGCGGUCCGCCACCCAAGGCACCUGGAAUUGGGACCGAAAAUCAUCGUGGUUCAGUGGACCUUGGCGAUUUUGGUCAGCCUAAACAGCCGUCUGCCUUGGAAGCUUUGACCGCAAAUAUACGAGGUUAUGAAUAUGCAACGAGAUCAAGAAUGGCGGCACGAGUUCUUAUGAGCGUGGGAAAUAGUCCCAUCCAGCGUGGCAGGCGAAUAUGAAAUGAUAAGUCUUGCGAGACUUUGGUCAUAUGGCACGUGGCAUACAGCAAGGCGUUUCACAUAUACUUGGGAAGAUUUUGGGAAGAUCGAGGUCGCAAAAACGGCAGCACAUACAGCAUUCUCAUGAUACCCCGGCUCUAGGUAUGGAGCCACGUUCAUCAUUUUAAGGAUUGAUUGAACAACCAAAUUUCGAUACUUUUCCGGCUCCCUUUUCUCUCUCUAAUGAUUAUACUCUGGCAAGACCCUUUCUCCCUCAUCAGUCUGCCUUGCCAGAGCACCCUUGAGCAGCCAUUAUAGUUGGCGAUCAUGGUGGUCCACCCAGCAAAAUUCUUGGUUCAUCCAUACAAUGGACACUUGCCAGAGCCCAAAGUUUGCUGAGGUCUUAUAUCCUCC